AUGUAUUUCAAAAAUAAAAUCAACUUCGAUCAGCAGAAAGUGCGAUAUGGAAACUCACAAAACAUCCAGUAUAAAACAGUAACACAUGUUCCCUAUCCUUUGCCUAUUUAUCCGAGACUCGGAAACAACUAUGAUGGCUGCCCUUACUAUGGAGAGAAAAAUGGAUUAUUUCAUCCAAAUGCAAACCAUCCACGUUUCAUUGUUACUGGUGGAGCGGGUUUUAUUGGUAGUCAUCUAGUUAAACGUUUGAGGCAACGUUAUAAUGCAAGUCAAAUAAAAGUAUUAGAUAAUUUGUGGCGAGGUCGUUUAGACAAUCUGCAGUUUAGAAAUGGAACGUGGGCUAUAUCUGCUAGUCGUGAUAUCUGCUUGGUGGAUCUACGAAAUGCUAAUGAAGCACUGAAAUUCAUAAGAGGAGCCGAUGUGGUCUUCCAUUUGGCGAGUGUUGUUGCCGGAGUGAAUUACAUGUUGUCACAUCAAAUAUCUGUUUUUCACGAUAAUAUAGUCAUUGAUUCCAAUACAAUAUAUGCUGCUAAAACAAACCGAGUCGGAAAUUUUAUCGAUGUUGGAACAGUUUAUUGCUGUCCAAAAUUUUUACAAGAUGAGCUCGGUAUUUAUGCUCUAAGAAACAGUCAAACUUCUUCAGCUGAAUCAGAAUUUUCUUAUGGUUGGAGUAAACUGAUAGGGGAACAUGAGUUAAAACUAGUGCAAUCCAAUGACUUCAAUGUUGGUUUAUUACGUCUUCAUAAUGUUUAUGGUCCUUACAGUGACUUUACCGCUACAACUGGACAAGUUAUUCCAUCAUUGAUAAGAAAAGCAUUAAAGUUUGAAAACGAGAAUUUCACAGUCUGGGGAUCAGGCAAACAAUAUCGAGAUUUUAUUUACGUUGAUGACGUAGUCGACAGUUUGCUUUUAAUGCUCGACAAAGGAAUGAACAAAGGAGUUAUACAAAUAGGUAGUGGAAAAGUGACAACGAUUAACAAAGUAGCUAGCAUUGUCAAUAUGCUUGCAGAAGCUAAGUUUCAGAGCAAAAUGGACAUUGUAUUUGAUAAUUUACAACCAGAAGAUGAUAAAGGUAAAAUUGCUGCUCUUCAUCGUGCUAGUAAUAUAUUAGGAUGGAAACCUACAGUUAGAAUAGAAGAUGGCAUUUCAGAAACCAUGUCCUGGAUGAAAGAACACCAAGAAAAGACACGAGUAUUAGUGAUUAUAAUUGGACAAGCUCGUGGUGGCGAUCUAUCUUGGAAAUCUCUUCAUAAAUUUCUUCUUCGUCCUCUACAAGCGCAUUUAGCGCUCUAUCUCGCGAACGCAGAAAAAAGAACACUUUUGCACGAUCUAGCUCAAUAUAUUUGGACAAUACCUAGUUAUCCUUAUUGGGAUGGCAUCUUUGAAAAGGCAGCAGAAACAUGUAACACAGAUGAAGUAAAAGAUAAAUGGAGAAACUACUGUCAAAUUCCAGGAAUAUUUAUGGGUGGAAUUUCGAACUGUUCACAUCCUGCAUCUUCAGGAAUGUUACUUGCCUUGAGGUGGCUUGUACAACAAAAAAUUUAUGAAUUUGAUUUACUUAAAAUCUAUGACUGGUUUAUUUUAACUAGAGCUGAUGAACUUUACUUAUGCAAUCAUCAUAACUUUUUAAACAUGAACAAAAAUCAUUUAUUACUACCACCUGGAGAGUAUUAUGGGGGAUGAAUUGGUGAUGUUAUUAUUAAAUGUUCACGAUCUGUUUCAUCAUUUGCAAUCUCAAUAGCUUUAGAUCAUAAAAAACGUUUAAAUUUUCGGAUUGGAAAUUUUUUUAGGUAA